GUCUCUCCAAACUCCAAAGACUUCAACAACCACCAAAACCAAAACUCACACAAACACAAAACUCGCUAAAAACAAUUGCUUUCAUCGCCUCCUUGGCGGACUUUCCCACACUUUGUCUCCCUAUAACUUUCCCUCUCUCCAAACAACCCUUCAUCUCUCUCUCUCUCUUCGAUCGUUUUAGAGAGAGAACCACAAAAUGGCCAUGGCGGCUUCCCAAUCCUCCACGACCACUCUCCUCCAAAGCUCCUUCCUUUCCUCGAAACCUUCGCCCAAACCACAACUCUCCGCAACCUCCGUCCCUUCUCCUCUCAACCCUCGCCGCCGAUCCCCUCCCGUUCGGUGCUCCAUCGCCGCCGCGCCGUCGGCGGCCACCAAGGCGGCUAGGGAGUACGCCGUCAAGUCCGUCAAGGCGCGUCAGAUCAUUGACAGCAGAGGCAAUCCGACGGUCGAGGUUGAUCUGAUCACCGAUAAUCUCUACCGAUCGGCGGUUCCUAGUGGCGCCUCCACGGGGAUCUAUGAGGCUUUGGAGCUCAGAGAUGGCGAUAAGAGCGUCUAUGGAGGGAAAGGAGUGCUCUACGCCGUCAAGAACAUCAAUGAGGUUCUCGCUCCCAAGCUUAUCGGCGUCGAUGUCAGAAAUCAAGCUGAUGUGGAUGCUAUUAUGCUGGAAAUUGAUGGAACGCCUAAUAAGUCAAAGCUUGGGGCUAAUGCAAUAUUGGGAGUGUCGCUGAGCGUGUGCAGAGCCGGUGCAGGAGCAAAGGGAAUUCCCUUGUACAAGCACAUUCAAGAACUGUCAGGGACAAAAGAGCUUGUUAUGCCUGUUCCAGCUUUUAAUGUAAUUAAUGGGGGUAGCCAUGCAGGAAAUAAUUUGGCCAUGCAAGAAUUCAUGAUAUUGCCAGUAGGUGCAACCUCUUUUGCCGAGGCCCUUUGCAUGGGCAGUGAAGUAUAUCAUACACUGAAGGGCAUUAUCAAGGCAAAAUAUGGACAAGAUGCUUGCAAUGUUGGUGAUGAAGGGGGGUUUGCUCCGAAUGUUCAGGACAAUAGGGAGGGACUUAUUUUGCUCAUCGAUGCAAUUGAAAAAGCUGGUUAUACGGGCAAGAUAAAAAUAGGAAUGGAUGUUGCUGCUUCAGAGUUUUUCACUAAAGAUGGGAGAUACGAUCUUAACUUUAAGAAACAACCUAAUGAUGGAGCUCAUGUACGCUCGGCUCAGAGCCUAGGUGAGCUCUACAAGGAGUUCGUUAAAGAUUUCCCCAUUGUGUCCAUUGAAGAUCCUUUCGACCAAGAUGAUUGGAGCUCAUGGGCUUCACUUCAGUCUUCUGUUGAUAUUCAGCUUGUUGGAGAUGACUUGUUGGUUACCAACCCAAAGAGAAUUUCUGAAGCGAUUCAUAAGAAGGCAUGCAAUGCUUUACUUUUGAAGGUUAAUCAGAUUGGCUCAAUUACGGAAUCUAUUCAAGCAGCACUUGACUCAAAAGCUGCAGGUUGGGGGGUUAUGGUUAGCCAUCGGAGUGGAGAAACAGAAGAUAACUUUAUUGCUGAUCUUUCUGUUGGCUUGGCUAGUGGACAGAUCAAGACAGGUGCUCCCUGCCGAAGUGAGCGGUUGGCGAAGUACAAUCAGCUUCUGCGCAUUGAAGAGGAACUCGGGAAUGUGCGUUAUGCUGGUGAAGCAUUCAGAUCACCCUAAGAAGGUGAUAGGACAUUAACUUUGUUUUCUCUUGGAGUAUGGUAAUCACGUCCCAACAAAUUAUUUGACGCACGAGUCAAACCUGUUUUUGGGACAACUAGAGAGUUUUGUCGGGAGCAGUUCAGGUUAGGUGUAAUUUGAUCAUUAGGAUUCGAUAAGUUAUGGGCAUAAGCGGGAUCUUUGUUCAUCAAUGUCAAAUAAACUGUUGGCUAAUAAAAGAGUCUUUUAGCUUUCAAUCAUUUUCAGGCUCAAUGAAACUGGUCGAGUAUGAGUAGUCCUGUUUCUAGAUACAAAGGGGGUGAUUUUAGUUUUUCAAUGUUCUUGUAAUGUUGUGCUUUUUGUCAAAUCAUAAGUUUUGACCUUUUUGACA